GAUCUUCCGGCGAGUUCAUUCUUCGUCAAAAUGGGCAUCGCCUGCUGGCAAAAUCUCAGAAUAGAAUAGAAAUGGUGGCCGCGUUGAGGAUUGAAAAAUCAAAAAGGUAUAAAAUUGCAAAGUGUGAAGAGUACUUACAUACUGUGAGUUUCAAAUCAUGACAGCCAUUUGCUGUUCACGACGAUGUGAGACAGCCACGAGCCUUCGCCACCACAAGCCGCACGUCGACCCGAUAAAGGCUACAUAAGUACAUACAUCCCGCGACAAAUAGAUUUACUACCGCGAGAUAAUGACGGACUUCUCGCAUCCACCAAGAGCAAGAGCUCCCGCCGUCCGGAGACGAGAGCGGGUGAUCGAGCUGAACCACUGCUUUUGGGGCAUGCGGCCUUUGAAGCGCGACCUGCCGGCGGAUAAACGCGGGACCUUGUCGAUGCGGGAUUACUUGGUGAUUCCAAGGUUUAAGCAGUUGGAGCAGCUGGCAAAAAUCGACCAGGUUACCAGCCUCGACUACCGCAGGUACAAGCUGCUGACCCUGAACGCCGUGGCGCUGUUUUUUCAGGAUUUGGUACGGAAGCAUCUCGACGACCCCGCGUUGGUGGUUCUCCCGGAGUAUCGGGACUUCGUGGAGGUGGGUGCGUCGUACUACCAGAGCUUCGCGCAGGCCUGCUUCCCUGAGGACCUUGACCGGGACGGGGACAGCAAUGCGUACUUCCUCUCCUCGAAAUGCGCAAGUUUAUACAAGGGCUGCGAGGAGUGGCUGGGGUUGCCGACCGCCACGGGGAUCAGCAUUGACGCCAUCCAGCAGAAUAUCGCAGGAAAAUAGAAACCGUUUCACUGUGAACUUACUUGUGAUGCAAAAUUUGAAACGCAAAACUUUUUUGUCUUGCUACACCUGCAAAUAAACACUUGAUCUAUCUUCCACUGUGUUUAAUAUUUCACUUGGGCGGAAGCGCGCACGGCAAAGUUUCCGUGUCAUGUGGAAAAAGGUUGUGGUGCAGAUCUUGCAAAACAAAGAAGAGUGAUGAAGCAGUUGCAGUUCUUUCCUGGGACACAGAACCUCGACUCGCUGCCCGAAGAGUCGGGCAACCUGACGAAGUUGCAAAAAGUAGUCAAAACGCGGCUCACGGGGCGCGGGGAGCGGAAAAUCAAGGACGAGGAGCACCGAAAGUACCUGGCCAGCUGGGUGGUGCAGUACUGGAGGUGGGAGCAGGGAUGGUUCUCGGACAAGUCCGAGGGAGAGCAGUUGCGUCUGGUCCGCGAUUCUGACUGCACGAAUCCGGACUUUCUCUCGUGGCUCUACUACCGGGAGACCGGGAAAGUGUGGGAAGAAGAGGAGGAACUUGCGGGCGAGCAGGUGGCCGCCCACCGCCGCAAGGAUAAAAAUUAUGACGACGACGAUGUUGUCUUUGUCACCAGCAGCAUCGGAGAUGAACAAGUGGUAUACAACGAGGAGGCUCCGGUCCCUUUGCAGCGGGAACUACGGGAAGAUCAUGUGGCGAAGAAGACAGAGACACGACCACCGGCACGCGAUGGUAAUAUUUUUGAAGGAGCAAGCGAGGAGCAAGUGCAAGUCAUAACCAAUAGGAGCAGCGGCCAGAUCCAGACGGAAGCAGGCUUCGUUGUCGAGGAAGUAGACGGUUGGAAAAUUUAUGACGUUUUCAGUGCCAUCAAGCAGGAGCAAACGACAAGCACCACCUCCAGGAACCCCCACAGUGGUGGGCACCCCGGGACGAACACGAACACAAGGCCAAGUGGUCCCUGCGCAGUCGAGCAACAGGUGCUUACUUUUUCAGCAGAGGACGCCACGCCCGACUCGCUGCAGGUGUCCGACAUUCCGGAGGAACAAAGCUCGUUUGUAUCCGAGCCGGGGCGGGACCUGCUAUCAAAUGGAAAAAUUUCCCCUCCCCAUAUCGCAACGAGGUUUCUGAUGCUGGAUUUGCAUACACAAUAAAUCAGAUUUGUCUUGCUGGAGAGGACUGCAGGCCUAUAUCAAGACUGCGUAGAGAUGUUUUGGGCUAGGCGCUGCGCAUGGCAAACGUCUAGUCUGUAGGGCCACCAGCAUCACAAACCGCCUGCAGAACGCGGCGGAGACUGUGGAGUUGCGUUCGCGCAAGACAGAAACGAUCUGUGGCCACAAAUCAGCAUUGCAAAUUUUCUGAGACGCACCCUUUCGAUAUGUGGAGGGGGGAUUUUCCCUUACGAUAACUACUCGCCGCGCCCCUCCCGCUCAGCUACCGGACCGAAUCUGGCGAGAGAGACGUAGUAGAAGAGGGUUCUUGUUUUUCAUUUUUCGUUGCACGACUUUCAUCCUGUGCAACUUGUUCAUAAUAAAUAUGUCUGAUCGUCUUCGUCGUGAUCGUCAAACAAUAUGCCUAUGGUGCAUAUUUGUAAAGAUCCAACCCACGGAUGAAAUCCAGGUUGCUGCGGUGAGAGCCUGGAAGCGCAAGGACGAGUGGCAGAGGCGAAAACCUAGUAAAGGACCCACUCGGGCCAGUACUAGAAGUUUUGAUGCAAACCAUUACCGCUACCUCUACGGCCUCGACCCGGACCUGAUGCAGCACAUGCGGACCUGCGGAAACACAGUGUGCCGGCUACAUCGGCAGUACGACUGCCGCACCUGCCAGUUCGUGGGCGAGCGGGCGUGCGCGUGCACGAGCAUAGAGCAGCCGGUCGACUACCUGCUGCAGGUGCUCGCCUCCAACGGCUUGCUGCACCUGAUGAAGCGCGAACUGGUAUUCUGAAUAAAAGCAUCCCCUCCACCCCAGAGUCAAGAUGGAGAAUCUGCUGCACAAAUCAGCUAGCUUUGGGCAUUGCGCAUAACAAGUUUGGCCUCGUAAUGUAGUUCGGUUUGGCUAGUUGCUUCAGCAGCAUCACAGACGUGGCCUAUUAUGCUGGUUGGAGCAUCACAAAUUCCAAAACGCGACGAGUGGGCGCUUCGCAUGGGACUACGCAUGGGAAACAUUUUCAGCAUGCAGAAUUGCAUGACAACUACCUGUGUGGUGGGGGCGUUUUUAAACAGGAUAACUGGUCCCGGUGGAGUCCCUGCACCAGAUCCUGACGCUAUCAGAAGGAAAAAUCCCCCCUCCCCAUAUUGAACAGGUAUGUUUCCGAAAAUUUGUGUUGCGGAUUUGAGGUCACAAAUCACACUUGUAUUGCAAGAAGACAAGGACAGAAGCUUCCGCCCCAUUAUGGAAGCAAUUUAUCAUGCGGUUGGGCCUAAAGGGGAGCCGUUUGCAAUGCUGAACAAAUACUAGACCUAUACGCCCCUACAUAGCCUGGGGACCUGGCCGCAAUGCCUCUCUGCAAUACAAAGCUGAUUUGUGUACGCAAAUCCAGCAUCAGAAAUUCCGUUUUGAUAUGGGGAGGGGGGAUUUUUCCAUUCGAUAGACCCUGCAGCGCGUUCUGCUCAUCGACACCAUUAAGAUCGACUGCUGCAACGCCGUAUCAAAUGCAAAAAUCCCUGUAUGUCUGGAAGAUUAAGUAGAACUUGUCAUGCUAAAUCUGAAUGAUGCAAAAGCCUGUGUUGCGUGAGUGCCAAAAGCUGUCCGGUUUUGACCAAGUUGGGAGGGGGUUUCUCAUGCAAGAAAGGCAUGAUAGAGACCUCAAAGAAUCUCAUCUGUCAUGCUGGGUCUCGCAUUCCAGACCUCAUGGGUCAUGGAAAACCUGCGUCACAAAUCUUGCACUCUUCCAGACGUCCAGGGAUAUUUGCAUUUGAUACGCCGAUUACGGCAUCGUGCGGUCCCUCAUGUGGGAACGGUUCGAGAAUCUGGGGCUGAUCGCACUGCCCCGACUCAUCGUGUUCGAGGCCACCACCCACACCUGGGCCGAGUGCGAGGCGGUGCUACAGCUGUUGGAGUUCUGCUACGGCUACCAGCGGCGCGCGGUCAUUCCGACUUGGCAGCGGGUGUGCCAUCCCGCGGCGGGCGGGAAACCGGUGGACGUGGCCAUGGAACUGCGAAGUGAAAUGGAAGUGUUGAAACACAAGCUUUGGUACGACUGUCACCAGGUAUGGAAGGAAGUGCAUUCGCAGCUGCAAACGUCGUCGCACAGUAAACGAGCGUAUCAAGAAGAAGGAGUCCCCGUCUUGUGGCGGGACUGGCAUCGUGCGGGGGGCUGACGAGGCGCAGUUGUCGUUUCAUUGCUCAUUGAUUUGCGAUCGUGCCGAUAGAAGAGCGGACCACGAACAGGAACCGCGAAAAAUCAGUGAUGACGAGCCUGGAUCACCACCAUUUCCGAUCUGAUGUCGUUACAGAACUUUCUCGCAGUUUUAGCUUUGUGAUUUGUAGUUUAAAAAAAAAGAGCAAAACUUUUUUGCAAUAUCUGGAAGCUGUGCCGGAAGGAGCUAGUGUUUGAUCUGCCGAUAAA